AUGGACCGAUCUCCACGAUGGAGAAUUCCGAUCAAGGGUAUCUUCAGUACAAUGAAUUCCAUUCAUAUCCUCCUCUCUCUGUUGUUCGUCCACAUAGCAACAGCCCAAUCGGAGCAUGGCUUUGGCGACUCUCAUGGCCAUUCACUCAACAAGCGCGGUACAUUUACGCCGGGUGGCGAUGGUGUCUGCUACACCUACACCAUUCAAGAGGGCGAUACCUGCGCAAAACUUGCUGAGCAUUACAAGAUCACUACCAAAAAUAUCGAGACUUGGAAUGUCGGAUCCUGGGGCUGGCCAGGUUGUGCCAAAAUAAAGCAAGGAGAUUUUGUCUGUCUCAGCUCCGGUGCCCUUCCUAUGCCGGUUGCCCUCCCGCAUGCUGUCUGCGGUCCCCAGGUUCCUGGGACAAGACGCCCUGGCAACUAUGCUGAUCUCGCCUCUCUGAACCCGUGCCCCUCAAAUCAAUGCUGUGCUAGGUCAGGUCAAUGUGGCACUAGUUCAUCCUUUUGCGAUGCGAGCAGCAGUUGUAUCUUCAAUUGCGGAACUAAAAAGGAAGGCACAACCAAAAGUGCUUUGAGAACCACUACUUCGAAGACGACUACUACUUCGAAGAAGACGACUACAAAGACGACCACUUCCAAAACGACUACUUCAAAAACGACUACUUCAAAAACGACUACUACUUCAAAGACUACAAAAGCGAACAUGGUAACCUUGACUAGCAUAAAAAUCGUCCCAGCACCAAGCAAAACCACGACCAGUGUCGCUCCGACUGCAACUUGGCAAAUGACAAUCUAUGAGGAGGGUGGUUGUAAAGGUGAUUACUUCCUUGUUCAAGGACACGAAGACCAGAAUGCUGGGAAUUGCAUUAUUCUCGCGGAGGAUACAAAGACCAAAAUCUCGGAUUCAACCACGUCCUGUCGAUGGUGGUCUGACGGUGGUCUCAACUGGCACACCUGUGCUUCUAGUAAACUCACAAAGCCUAAGUCAUUUACUAUCACAUCUGGCAAAUGUUAUGUGUAUUCGGGCAAGAAAUGUAGGGAUGAGGACUGGGUAGGAGAGACCUAUGGGGCUUUUAAGGGCUGUCAGGAUGGCAUGACGGGGUACUUGUCUCCUCGGAAAGACAAAGUCUGGGGCUCAUUGCAGUGUUUUGAGUAUAAAUCAGAUAGGGCUUAUUGA